AUGGGCGACAAGUAUGCCACUCUCCAGCGGGCCCAGCUGCAUCUGGAUUUCAUCCACGCCAACUCCACCACGCACAGUUUCCUUUUUGGAGCGCUGGCUGAAUUGCUGGACAAUGCAAGAGAUGCAGGGGCUGCAAGACUUGAUGUGUUUUCAGUGGAUAAUGAAAAACUGCAGGGUGGAUUCAUGUUGUGCUUCCUGGAUGAUGGAUGUGGUAUGAGCCCUGAGGAGGCUUCAGAUAUCAUUUACUUUGGAACAUCUAAGAAACGGUCAUCAACCUUGAAGUUUAUUGGACAAUAUGGUAAUGGUCUUAAAAGUGGAUCCAUGAGGAUUGGAAAAGACUUUAUUCUUUUUACAAAGAAGGAAGAAACGAUGACCUGUGUGUUUUUUUCUCAGACAUUUUGUGAAAGAGAAGGUCUUAGUGAGGUUGUGGUUCCAAUACCUUCAUGGUUAACAAGAACCAGAGAAUCUGUUACAGAUGAUCCUCAAAAAUUCUCAACAGAGUUGUCUAUAAUUUUUAAGUACUCUCCAUUUAGAAAUGAAGCUGAAUUGAUGCAGCAGUUUGAUAUGAUCUACGGGAAAUGUGGUACUUUGCUGGUUAUUUAUAACUUGAAGCUUUUGCUUAGCGGAGAGCCAGAGUUGGAUGUUAAGACUGACAAGGAAGAUAUGCUGAUGGCUGGGGCUCUUGAGGAUUUUCCAGAGAGAUGGUCAUUCAGAGCCUACACAUCUGUUCUGUAUUUUGAACCUUGGAUGAGAAUAUUCAUUCAGGCCAAAAGAGUUCAAACAAAACACCUAUGUUAUUGCCUCUACAGACCCAGAAAGUAUCUGUAUGUCACGUCUUCUUUUAAAGGAGCAUUUAAAAAUGAAGUUGAAAAGGCAGAAGAAGCAGUAAAGAUUGCUGAACGUGUAUUGAAACAAGCACAAAUCACAGUAAACCAGCCUGACAGAACUUCUUUGUCUUCUGCCAAGGAUGUAUUACAGAAAGCUUUGGAAGAUGUUGAAGCAAAGCAUACGAUUCUUAAAGUGAAACAGAGAGAAUUAAAAAAAGCAAGGACUCUCUGCCUGUUCUUUGGAGUGAACAUAGAAAAUCGAAGCCAAGCUGGGAUGUUCAUUUACAGUAAUAACCGCCUGAUCAAAAUGCAUGAGAAAGUGGGCCCACAGUUGAAACUGAAGUCCUUACUUGGUGCAGGCGUGGUUGGAAUUGUUAAUAUACCCUUGGAGAUCAUGGAGCCAUCCCAUAAUAAGCAGGAAUUUCUCAAUGUCCAAGAGUAUAAUCAUCUGCUGAGAGUCAUGGGGCAAUACUUGGUGCAGUACUGUAAGGACACCGGGAUCAGUAAUAGAAAUCUAACACGGUUUUGGAAUGAAUUUGGAUACCAGAAUAACAAGGAUGUAGAGAAAUCUUUAGAUUCUAUUCAGUAUCAAAGAAGACAAGCCAUGGCCAUACCAUUCAUCAUUCAGUGUGAUCUUUGCCUUAAAUGGAGAGUCUUGCCUUCUUCUAUCAAUUAUCAGGAAAAAGAAUUUUUUGAUCUCUGGAUUUGUGCAAAUAAUCCUAACAUCUUGGAAAACAGUUGUCAUCAGGCAGAAAGCCUACCUUCCAUCCCCCUGGGCACCAUGAGCAGAACGUCACCAUCAAAAAAUGAGAAAGAGAAACAACUUCGAGAGGCAGUCCAAAGGUACCACAAUCGACUGGCAGAACAGCAGCCACAGCCUCAGUUUAUACCAACAAGAAGAAUCAUGGAGUUCACUACUACCUGCCGAACUUCAGCAUCUAAGGAAAAUACAAAAACGGAGAAAGUCAGGCCUUGGGGCCAGGACUUGAAGCAGGAGUCUCUUGCAUCCUUUGAGCUUUCUGUCAGCCACAGAGGCCAGAAAAAAAACACAGAAGGGACAGACUCUGAGGUGGAGUACAUUGCAGAAGCUAACAUUAUGAAGAAGUCUAUGCAGAAGAAAGCAAAACCUCAACAGCAGAGACAUCCAGCAGCCCUGCCAGAAAACGUCAGACUAGCCAAGAGAUCCCAGGUGUGGCAAAUAUCAGCACAUCAGCACAGUGUGUGGAGAGUUCAACCAACUGAAGGGUGUGUAACUUUGGCUCAGGUCUCUUCUAGGGAGAUGAGUAGGAAGCAGAGCGAAAAUCUUGUGCCAGAACGUAAGGCUUUGACCGAAGUUGAAACCAGCGACAGCGAUCCAGAUGUAAUCCUGGUUUUAGAUAAAAGUGGCACUGAUCUUUCAUUGAAACAAGAAAAAAAGGAAGUUUCCCUUAUGAAAAAAGAAAAACAGGAGCUGUGUAGUGAUACUCCAGAAAUGAAGAGAAACUCUUCAUUACCUAAUCGGGAAAGCUUGUUUUUGCGCAGUGCACUGAUGGAAGAUUUAAGUCCACGUUCUGGAGACAGUGCCAGCUUUUCUGUGUAUAGUGGUUGUGGAGUUACUUCUUCACUGACAAAGUCUUCUCAAAGCACAUAUGUCAAAGAAACAGUAAGAAAACUGACGUCCAAUUUAAGGGAGAUUCUUCUGUAUUUUUUUUCUGAGCAUCGGCUACCAUCAGAAUUUGGCUACACAUCUGUGGAGGAACUCAUGGCAAGUUUUGAGCUGGAGCAGUGCCCAGAGCAGACAAACAAAAAGCUGAGAAUGGGCUUCAGCCAGAUCCAGCAUGUUUACAUGGUCCAAUAUGAAAGAGAACUAAAGAGGAAAAUACAGUCCAUUAUCUACGAAGCAAAUACAAGAGGAGUGGUUAAUGAAAUAUCUCUGGGACAAUGUGAAGCAAAAAGAAAAGUUACUGAAGACAAACUGAAUAAUCUUCGGGUAAAACUGGCAAUAUUGUUGCAGAAACUUCAGCUGGGCGGUCCAGCAGGAGACCUGGAGCAGAUUGACAGUUAUUUAGAAGCUUUGCUUAAAGAAGAUAAUCCCCUUUUUCAGAACGCUUUGAAUAAAGUGACUACAGAUACAGGACACAGUCUCCCUUUAGAAAAACACUGA